AUGGAUACUGCAGAGGAACAAGAACAACUCGAGUCCAAACAAAGCUGCAACAACGAAGAUGAACAGGCACAAGACCGAGAAAACGGAGACAGAGACGAGGCUGAGAACCGAAAUGCAGAAGCAACAGCAGCAGAAGGACCAGGUCAGUUGGAAGGCAGUGAGUCCGGAGACACCGAGUUCUUCACACCAGAUACGUCCCCAACAGACACCGAAUUCCCACUCAUUGACCAGGAUCAUGAUCAACAAUCGAGCGCACGCCGUGUGUUGGCCCUAUUUGGACUUGGAGGCACCUCGGCGACGACCUCGUCGAUAUAUCACACGACAGAAUCAGAACCAGCGUCAAACUCAACGUCAGAAUCGGAAUCAGAUACAGACACAAGCAGUGACAGUGGCAGUGACUCGUCGUCACCAGGCGGCGGUACACCGCUGUCGCAGGCAGUGCCUCAUCAUGACCAUCAUUCAGCGGCGCCUUCAACAACUGCCCGUCGGGAGCCCUCCCCAGAACCAUCGACAGGUGAAGUCCCAGGCAAUGACAACAGUGAAGCAGCCCCGUCUUCACGUCAACAACAGCGGCCGCCAGCAUCGAUAGCAGCGACACCACCUUUGUCACCGUCACUGCGUCCAGGACACGCCCAAGCAGUUGACGAGCAUUCACAUUCAACGUGUAAACAUAAAUACGCAGACUCUUCUCCUUCUGAACCAUCGUCUCCAAAACAAUUUACGAGCCUUACAUUGUCGGUACCAUCGAACCCGAGAAACUCCCAUCCUCCGCCCCCACCGAUACACUCGCCUCCAUUACCAUCAUCACCCUCUGGUUCUCGUCCAUCAUCGUCAUCACCACUGCCGCAACCAUCAGCACCCGCAGCGCCUUGUCCAUUAGGACCUCCUGCUACGGCAUCGCCGUCUUCGCGAACCUUCCUACUGGAUCUCCUGAAUUCUCCCACGGCGAAGGCACUGUUGGAGUGUGCCGAUAGCACAGCACACACGGCCAGAACCUUUCCCACCAGGGCCACUACCAAUCGCCCAGACGCACAACCUGAUCGGCAAGAUCUCACAACCACCAUGUUUCCACGCAGAGGCUCUGAGACAGGAACUCCUACUGAAAGCAGAGAUGACACAGGGACAGGCACUUCCAGUGCACCCGCACCUGCACCUGCACCUGUGCCUGCGCCAGUGCCAGCACCAGGACAAGGACAAGCGCCAACACCGCUUAACCCGCGGGCCGCGUUGACCGAAGACCAAGUCCGAGCAUUGAUUGUGAUGGACGAUGAUUUCGAUCCGAUCCCGACUGAAUAUCGAGAUGGCUUUCAGGGGUAUCAAGACAUUGUGUCGGGUCGGCCAAAUGCUCAAGCUCAAACCCAAACUCAAACUCAACCACAACAACCAGCGCAUGCACAGCCAGGGCCAAGACCCAGAAAUGAGGGCGCUGCCCAGACAUACCUCCCUGUAUCAUAUGGACUCAACAACCGCGAGCCAGGAAACACUCCAUUUGGGAUCGGUUAUCCUAGCCCAGCAGGACCGAGUCCCAUGGGGUCGGGCACGCCACCGGUCGAAUACGGAUAUGGUUUCCCACCAGGCUUGCCAAACGUACCAGCGCCAGGCUUUGCAUAUGGAGAUGGACAUGGCCAUGGACAUGGACAUGGUCCUGGAGCUGGCAACGGGUAUGGGUACGGGCAUGGACAUGGACACGGGUUGGGGCCUGAAUAUGAGUUUGAGUAUGGGCGCGGUUCACCGGCGAACAUGAACAUGAACAUGGGCAUGGGCAUGAACCUCAACCCUGGCCACAACGGCUUCGCGGCACCACCUGCUUUUGGCGGCCCUCGACUCGCUCCACCGUUCGCCAGUCCCCGUCGUCGUGGAAGUCCUUCUCGCCCCGGCCACAGCGCUCAUGCGUCCCUGUCGUCCCUCCAUGCACAGCAGUCCUACGGACACGGUCCUGGGCCGGGAGCGGGAGGACCGACCACGCCAAAUCGAGGUAGCCACCACAGCCGCGCCAAUUCUCUCUCGGCUAUGCCACAAUCCCUCCAUUUCACUCAUGCCGAAGAGUAUCCGGGCAACCGCCUCAGAACGGCUGCUGCAGGUCUACUACCCGCAUUGGGGAGUCCGGGGCCGGGUUUGCUUGAGACGCGUGGCACCAACAAUCAUCUUGCUCCUCCUUACGAAUCGCGCAGCCCUUAUUUUGGUCGCACCAGCUUGUAUGGGCCACGUCUUGCGCGGGAGGCCCGCCAAGACGCUGAUGCUGCCCGUCCUCCAUUUCGGAUUGACAACAAUCUGUCUCAUGUCAAUGCUAGUAGUUCUCGUGAAGCGCCGUUGAAUGGACGGGGUGAGGAGGAAAAUGGGAAACAGGCCGACGGUGAUAGAUUGUGA